AUGGCCCAACAGCCGAGUGCGCUGCGCUCGAUAAUAGCUGGCUCGACGGCUGGGGCAGUCGAAAUUGCUAUAACAUAUCCUUUCGAUCUCCUCAAGACAAGAUCGCAGCUCAACCGCCGAUUACCAGAUUCCAAAAAGCUCCCAUGGCCUCCUUUUCCCUCGAAAGAAUGGUAUACUGGGUGCACAACGGCGAUCGUGGGGAACUCGGUCAAGGCAGGCGUUCGAUUCCUCGCUUUUGACACAUAUAAACAUAUGUUAUCAGACGAAGACGGUCAGAUAUCUGGACCUCGGACGGUUGCCGCGGGGUUUGGUGCUGGGGUCACCGAAUCACUACUGGCAGUAACCCCGUCAGAGUCAAUAAAAACACAACUGGUAGACGACAGGAAGCGGGCGCAACCAAGAAUGCGCGGCUUCAUCCACGGGUCCAUGGUGAUCGCUCGAGAGAAAGGGAUUAGAGGCUUUUUCCAAGGGUUCGUCCCGACAACAGCGCGACAAGCCGCCAACAGCGCGGUUCGAUUCAGUACCUAUACGAGCCUCAAACAAUUUGCCGAAGGCUAUGUGGCUCCAGGGGAGAAGCUUGGAUCUCUGACGACUUUCGCACUGGGAGGCAUCGCUGGCAUUGUUACGGUUUACACGACAAUGCCUCUUGAUACAGUCAAAACGCGAAUGCAGAGUUUGGAGGCUAGGCAGGUUUACAAGAACACUUUUCACUGUGCGGCGACAAUUUACAAGAAUGAAGGCAUAUUGACCUUUUGGUCUGGUGCAUUACCGCGACUAGGUCGUCUCACUCUCAGUGGUGGUAUUGUCUUUACGAUGUACGAGAAAACUAUGCAGCUUCUAGACCUCGCAGAUCCCGACAGAAAAUACAUUUAA